UUAGAAAAAGAAAGGAAGGGGUGGUGCUAGUAUGAGGUGUGUAAUACCUAGACAAUCACAGUGCCAUUUGGAGAUGCUUGGAGGACCACUCUUUAGGGCUGGGUAUAGGGAGGUGUGCCAGUUGAGACAAAAGGUAGGUAGAUGAUAGUGACACACCUCCUGGUCUUAAAAGGGCUAUAAAAAAGGCAAGAUCGAGAGACGAGCAUCACACCAAAUAUUUUUCUCCUGCCUUGUUGAGAGGAUUUUUUUUUUGCUUGUCAACAUGGUGAAAAUCUGGGGUGGACAGAAGAACAGCAACAUGCGGCUCAGCCUGCCCAUGGUGUGCUUCGUCUGGGAGAUCGCGAUGAUCAUCCUCUUCGGAGUGUUCAUCCGCUACAACGAGGAGUCUGAUGCCCACUGGAGAGAAACGAGAAAGGAGAAAAACAUAUCCAGCGACAUUGAAAACGACUUUUAUUUUAGAUACCCAAGUUUCCAGGAUGUCCACGUGAUGAUAUUUGUGGGUUUCGGGUUCCUCAUGACCUUUCUGAAACGCUACAGCUUCGGUGCCGUGGGUUUCAACUUCCUGGUAGCUGCAUUCGGGAUCCAGUGGGCUCUAUUGAUGCAGGGAUGGUUCCAUUCCUUGGACUGGACUGAUGGCAAGAUCAAGAUUGGAAUCGAAAACAUGAUCAAUGCUGAUUUCUGUGUGGCUUCCUGUCUGAUUGCCUAUGGUGGAGUCCUGGGAAAAGUCAGCCCAGUGCAGCUGAUGGUUAUGACUCUGUUUGGAGUGACUCUAUUUGCCAUUGAAGAGUACAUCAUCCUUACUGUGCUUCACGUGCGGGAUGCUGGAGGCUCCAUGGUUAUCCACACGUUUGGAGCCUACUACGGUCUGUCUAUCGCCCGUGUUCUUUACAGACCCAAUCUGGAUAAAAGCAAGCAGGGCUCAGUCUAUCACUCUGAUGUAUUUGCUAUGAUUGGUACACUGUUUCUCUGGAUGUUCUGGCCUAGUUUCAACUCUGCUAUCUCGGACCACGGAGACGGGCAGCACCGCGCCGCCUUAAACACGUACCUCACCUUGGCUUCUUGUGUCCUCACCACCGUAGCGGUCUCCAGCCUCGUACACGGAAAGGGCAAGAUCGACAUGGUGCACAUUCAGAAUGCCACUCUUGCGGGGGGUGUUGCCGCGGGAACUGCGUCUGAGAUGAUGAUUUCAACAUACGGGUCCCUCAUCGUCGGGUUUAUCUGUGGAAUCAUCUCCACGUGUGGAUACGCUUACCUCACACCUUUACUGGAGUCCAAGCUGAAGAUCCACGACACGUGUGGAAUACACAACCUGCACGGCAUGCCGGGAAUUAUCGGGGGCAUCGUGGGAGCGGUCACAGCGGCCUGCGCUACCGAGCAGGUGUACGGCCAUGAGGGGUUGAUAAAAGCGUUUGCUUUCGAGGGAGCCUUUGCUGACCGGGUGCCCUCUGUGCAGGGAGGGUACCAGGCUGCUGGGUUAUGCGUGUCAUUAGCUUUCGGCCUUGUUGGAGGGACACUAGUUGGUUUUAUCCUGAAGCUGAACAUUUGGGGAGAUGCCCCAGAUGAGAACUGUUUUGAGGAUGAUGUUUACUGGGAGGUCCCCGAGGAGGACGAGGAGAACCCCCCCACACACCACGCCGCUCUUGAAUAUGCCACCCACAUUCCCAACAAACUCGCAGAGUAGGCUCCCCCAACACCAGUCCGGCAGGUUUGAUUGAAGCUCCUCUUCGGAGUCGGGCAGUUAUUUUUUGCCUGCUGGAUGAAUGCAUUUUCUCCUAUUGCCUGAUUGCUUGAUGUUGGGAUCGAACCGUGGAGUCUCGCUAUCACAAGAUUCCCCAAACAAUGUGAUCUACGUGGGCAUUUAAUAUCGGGCGUGUGUAUUAUAUUUGACCCCUGCCAGACAGGGGGGAGACGGAAGCUUGCAGUGCUGUACUGUAUACCCAAGGUGUGUGUGGAUCCCACAGGAUGCCAACUAAUCACAUGGGGGGGGGGGGACCACUUUUAACUUUUUAUAAGCAACUGAUCUACAUCCAAUUACUUCUGAGCUGAAAAAAAAAUCAUUAAAAAAAAAAAAAAAAAAAAAAAAAAAAAAGAUAUAUAUGGGUCAGAAUAUAUUCUCACACAAUAAUAUGUCUCCAGUUGCUUUUGGGCUGGUAAUGUACGAGUGGCACAAUCAUGCCACUCCUGUAUUCCCAACCCAAACCCAGACAGAUAAUAUUGUGUCAUACCAAUGCAUUCUGACCCAUAUGUAUAUAUUUCUGAAAUCAUACAAAAGUGAAUAAAACAUACAACUUUUAUUUAUUGUUUUUCAUCUGUUGCAAAUCUUGUAGAUUAACAUGAAAUCUAAUAUGUCUUGUUUUAUUUCUAUAGUUUUUAUUCAUAAACUGCUGAAAUAAUGUGUGUUUUCAAAGUGUAAAGAAAUGGUAGCCUCCCGUGUGCCCCCAGUGUAUGCGUGCGGGCAGUUGAGGGACUGGUUGCUGGGCAGACUAGCGUGUUGGGACCGCAUGGCUGUACUACGCGUGGUAUUACUGAAAUGAUCAUACGGAACGUCGGUCAAGUGUUUUUCCUUGUAUUUUCAUUUCCUUGCAGUAAAACACCCUCCACACAUCAAAGCAAAGACAUGGUAAAAACUAUAAUAAUAAUAAUAAUACUAAUGAUAAUUCUGGUAAUAAAAGUAACAGUAUCUCUGUAUAACUGAUGGAAAAACAUAUUUUAAAAUACUAAAAUAUAUGUGUAACUAGAUAGUUUUAAAAGUCUUCAUGCAUUUUAAUUAAUUUAUUUACCAGAACAGUGGUUUUAUCAAUUGGUUGUUUUAAACAAAAAUGUGUGAUUGAUUCAGUGACAGUGAUGGGGUGGGUCUGGGAUUGCACCAGCAAGCAGGACUGUGUAUUUAAUGCCGUGUGGCGCUUGCUUUCAGAUUGUCCUGAGUCCCCCUCCCUCUCCCAUUACAGGAACACUACAGUGGUAUAUUAUUAACCACAUUCAUAAUGACAUCAGCUGGCAUUUAGCAGAGUGCAGCACUAUGGAGCGGAGGGGGCAUUUCUGUUUGAUUUGACUCGAUUUGCAAAGGGUCUAACUCUGAGUGCAGCGAGUGGCCUGGAGCACAUCACUUUGCUUGAAGGUAUUGUGUAUGAGAUGCUGGAAUAUAACAUAAUGCAGUUCAAUACAAUUUCUCUCCAGUAGUGUUUUCUGCACGGCACAUUACAUGCCCAGCUCAUGGUAAUGAGGGGCCCCUCCCCCAUUCAAUCAACCUGCUGGUGUAACCAUCAACAUGUUGCUUGAUGCUUUGUGUUUUUUGUACCGCCCCCCCCCCGAUACGUUUACGAUAAGUUUGCUUUUGCUUCUUGAUUCAUUAAAGGCCGCUGAUUUCUCCUUGCCAGAUUCCAUCAAGAAAAGUCUGAAAUGAUGGA